UGAAUUGCCACCUCUAUAUAUAGGUUCUGAUGAUGAAGGAUUAAAGUUGUGGGCGUGCAUGGAAAUGGAAGGAGAUAAUUUUCAGGGUGAAGAGGGGAAUUUGAGAGUAAAAAGAGACAAAAAUAUUAUAUUGAUAUUAGAAAAUUCAAAACCCUACUUCUUGUGUAUAUUCAGCAAUUUCUGUUAUUCAGCUUUCAACAUAAUUUCUAAGGUCACUCUUGAUAAGGGCAUGAGUCGUUAUGUUCUUGUUGCAUAUGGACAUGCUUUUGGGACUUUAACCACUGCUCUUCUCGCACUCCUCUUUGAAAGGAAAAAUGAAAGCAAAAUCAGUUUACCCGUUUGUGUAAACAUCUUCUUCUUGGGUCUUUUUGGGUGAGUAUAUAUAAAUAUAU